AUGGCUGUGGUUCCAGCGAUCUGGGCAGGCUCUCAUGCGGAAUAUGUUGUGUCACAGGAAGCGUGUUGCUCACGUAAACCAUCGAAUCUGAAUUUCUCUGAGGCAGCUGCCAUGCCUUAUGUUGCCAAUACUGCCUGGGCAGCUCUUGUUUCCGUCGCCAGGAUGAACCCGCGUUCAAAACCAUCUGAACGGGUAUUAAUUCAUGGUGGAAGUGGUGGAGUGGGCACGAUAGCCAUCCAAAUGUUGAAAGCUUGGGGUACUGACAAAGUAGUUGUCACAUGUUCAAAGGAUAGUGCUGAUUUGGUGCGAAAACUUGGUGGAAUUCCCGUUGACUAUCGCGCAGACGAUGUUCGAGAUCGUCUUAUUGAAGAAGGGCCUUAUGAAGUGGUCUUCGACUGCGCGGAUACAGAUUUAGCUAGAUGGAGCGAUAAGAUUGUGCCGGUAGUGGAACGUGUGCAACCGUUCAGUGAGCUACCAGCAGCGUACGAAAGAGUAUCCACCCUGCAUAAUCACGGUAAGACCGUCCUGACUUGGGUGGGUAUUGUAUUGUGUGGUGGUAACCUAUCUGUGCACGGUGGAGUUCUUUGA